AUGGCGUCGAGGCAGGACAGGCGGGAGGCGCGGGCCGAGGCGGACGCGCGGCGCGCGGCGGAGGAGAUCGCGCGGGCGCGGGACGAGCGCGUCAUGCAGGCGGAGGCAGACGCGCGGUCGGCCGCGGACGAGAUCGCCCGCGCCCGUGCCGACCGCGGCGGCGCGACAAUGGGCGCCGACGCCGCGGCCCACCACGGCGGCGGCAUCCUGGAGAGCGUGCAGGAGGGCGCCAAGUCGUUCGUGAGCGCCGUCGGCCGCACCUUCGGCGGCGCCAGGGACACCGCCGUGGAGAAGACCUCCCAGACGGCGGAAGCCACCAGGGACAAGCUCGGCGAGUACAAGGACUACACCGCCGAGAAGGCCCGUGAGACAAAUGACACCGUCUCCAGGAAGACGAACGAGACGGCGGACGCCACCCGCAACAAGCUCGGCGAGUACAAGGACUACACAGCCGAGAAGGCCCGGGAGACCAAGGACUCCGUGGCGCAGACGGCGAGCGACGCCUCCAAGGCCACCAAGAACAAGCUGGGCGAGUACAAGGACGCGCUGGCCGGGAAGACGCGGGAAGCCAAGGACACCACCGCGCAGAAGGCGACGGAGUUCAAGGACGGCGUCAAGGUGACGGCCCAGGAGACGAGGGACGCCACCGCCGACAAGGCGAGGCAGGCCAAGGACGCCACGAAGGACAGGUCCUGGGCCACCACCCAGACCGCCGCCGACAAGGCCAAGGACACGGCUGACACCCACGACGCCGACAGGGGCCCAGGGUUGUUCGGGGCGCUUGGGAACGUGACGGGCGCGAUCAAGGAGAAGCUGACGGUGAGCCCGGCGGCGACGCAGACGCAGCAGCAGCAGCAUCUGGGCGGCGAGGACGAGCGCGCGGUGAAGGAGCGUGCGGCGGAGAAGGCGGCGUCGGUGUACUUCGAGGAGAAGGACCGGCUGAUGAAGGAGCGCGCGGCGGAGCGGGUGGACAAGUGCGUGGAGAGGUGCGUCGAGGGGUGCCCCGACUCCACCUGCGCCCACCGCCACGGCAAGAUGUGAUCUCCACCAUCAUGACGCGAUGAGUGCAGCGCCGCUCCGCGUUCCGUUCGUGGCGGUGGACUAAUAAAACUCCAGCGUGUUAACCUUUGCGUUUCACUUUCACUAGCUACUUUAUUUUGCCUUCGUCAGUUUCCACUGCCAUGUAUGUUCUUAUGGUACU